AUGGCGGUCGAGAUACCUUUAAAUCCUCUCCUCUCCAUACAGAAAUCCUCGGACAGCGGCCUCCAGGUAGCACUCCAUCCGCUGGUACUGCUCACCAUUUCCGACUACAUUACGAGACAUACGCUACGACAGCAGACAGGCCCGAUCGUGGGGGCACUUUUGGGGCAACAAAAUGGUCGGGAAAUUACAAUUGAGCAUGCCUUUGACUGUCUGCUCGUGGAAGUUGAAGGAGAGAUUAUCCUUAACCAAGCAUGGUUUGAGGAACGACUCCAGCAAAUGAAGGAUGUGCAUAAAGUCCCUGCUCUUGAUCUCGUUGGCUGGUAUACUAUUCUGCCGACCUCUGGUCCCCAAUCAGUUCAUCUCCCACUACACCGUCAGAUAUUACACUCAUACAACGAGUCUGCCAUUCUCCUAGGCUUCCACCCAACUGCCGUCCUUGAACGUCAGGCUGGUGGCAAGCUUCCUCUCACCAUUUACGAAAGCAACUAUGAGGCUGAAGAGGCGGCGACAGAUGCUGGAGAAGAUAAAGAGAUGAAAGAUGACGAGCCACAACUCGGCCUGAAAUUCAGAGAGCUACCAUACAGCGUGGAGACUGGCGAAGCCGAAAUGAUCAGUGUUGAUUUCGUAGCGCGAGGGGGAGGAAAUGCAACUGCUGUCGAUGGAACGUCAAAGAAGGCAACAUCACAAGCAUCAACCACUGUAGAUGUCAAUGGAAAGGGCAAGACCCGAGCUUCUAAGAAGUCGGAUUCGGAAGGCGCCGAAACUGCUGCGGAAGCUGCGAAGCAAAACAUUCUUACACGCGAAGACGAAGAGCUGAUUGCUUCUCUGACGGCCAAGGCGAACGCGAUCAAGAUGUUGCAGUCACGGAUUAACCUAAUUGCGGUCUAUCUGCAGAACCUCCCCCCAUCCUUCGUCUCCGAUGCUGUUCCGGAAAGUGUCGAAUCAGACAACAAGGAAUCUACCCCCGUCAACCACCCAAUUCUACGGUCCAUUCAAGCCCUACUUACUCGAUUGAGCCUACUGGUUCCUGCAGACAGUGCGAGGUUCGAACACGAACUCCUGUCAGAACAGAACGAUGUCAAUCUAGUCUCACUCCUAAGCACAAUCACCAAUAGUAUUAAGGUGGUUAGGGAGACAGGGAAGAAGUCCUUAGUCGUGGAAACACAGAAGAACAUGAAAAACAAAAGUGUAGACAGAUCAAUGUGGGAUCCUUCAGGCAACGGAGUCAUGGGUGUUGGUGACCUGCUCGGGUAA